GCUCCUAGUAGCCUGCCGUGUGGGGAGCGGGUGCCAACUGCUGCGAGUCCUCCCUGAAGCAGUACGGUGUGAGAACAGUUUAGCUAUCAAUGGCAUCCACAAUGAAUCUGAAAGAAGCCACUGGCAACCAAAGUUCCUUGGAUACUUUGCUACCAGAUUUCCCCAAGGGGCCGCUCUGCAAAUAUCGAAAGAAAGCUUCCUUCAACUGGAAGGAGAUGGCAGUGUUUCUGGAUGGUGAAGACAUCAUCCAGCUUAAGAACAGAAUCUUCUCUGCUCUAGAAAAUGAUCCUUUCUUCGCACGUCAUCCUGGAGAAGAUUUGAGCCGUGAGAAGUAUCAGGAGCUGACAUUCCUCCGCUGUAAAAGACUCUUUGAGUAUGACUUUCUUACUCAGCAAGAGAUCAUAGAGAAUCCAUUAAAGAUAUUUAAUAUGGUUAUCUGUAUAGGAAUGUAUGAUUGGUCUCCGUGUCUCCAGUAUUUCUUACAUUGUGGUGUAUUUGCAGGUACAAUUUUGAGUGCUUCAAAGAGGUUUGCAGACUUACUGGAAAAAGUUUUUAAUAUGGAGAUUUUUGGGUGUUUUGCUCUGACUGAACUCAGCCAUGGAACUAAUACCAAAGGCAUACGGACCACUGCCACAUUUGAUCGUAGUGCUCAGGAAUUUAUCAUCAAUACACCAGACUUUGAAGCUGCAAAGUUCUGGGUUGGUAAUAUGGGGAAACAUGCCACCCAUGCAGUUGUGUAUGCCCAACUCUAUACUCCUGAUGGACAAUGCCAAGGAUUACAUUCCUUUAUUGUACAGAUUCGAGAUACAAAAACUCUCCUACCUAUGCCAGGUGUGAUGGUAGGUGACAUAGGAAUGAAACUUGGACAGAAUGGUUUGGAUAAUGGGUUUGCAAUGUUUCACAAUGUCAGGAUACCUAAAGAAAACAUACUGAAUAUAGCUGGAGAUGUCACAGCUGAGGGGAAAUACUCAAGUUCUUUCAAGGAUGUUAAAGAGCGUUUUAGUGCAUCUCUUGGAUCUUUGUCCAUCGGCAGAAUUCUGAUCACAGCAGUUUCUGUGACCAAUUUAAAGCUUGCCUUAUCAAUAGCCAUUCGCUUCUCAGCAACUCGCCAUCAGUUUGGACCAACUGAUGAAGAGGAAAUACCUGUUCUUGAAUACCAAACACAGGUAAAAACGUUGGACUUUGCAUCUAUAGACUUUUAUGUAAUGAAACUCAGAUUCAAACCUACUGCAAAUCAAAAAAGUUAUACAGAAGUUAGUGAAAUUAAAGUUGUCUUUCUCAUCUGAAGUGUAGAUCCAGUG